CAGGCUCCCAAUUUCGAAGCCAUGAAUGUACGAUUCUUGCCAGAAAAGACCACCAUCCCAGUGCCCACCGUGGUCGAAGACUGGGAGGAGCUCGAUGGGCGCUACUUCAUCUCGCGGGCAUACUCGAUUGGGAAGCCUCGGGGUAUUUCCCCGUCUGGUGGGAGUAUACUAGUGCGGGGAUUGGUCUGGGACAGGAGGAUAAAGAGUGGAAGGAUUUGUUGCGAAAGUACAUGCCUGGUUUUUCGGACGCGCGUGAGUUUUGGUUGGAUUUUACUCGCUGUCUAAGUACCCGAAUUUGGAUGAAUGGGGAAAGGGGACAGCGGGGAUCCUUG